CAAAACUGGAGAUCAAAGUGGAAGCUUAUUCCCUGUAAUCUUCGUUGAGAUUACAGAGGAAUUUACAGAGACAGAGAGUAGGUAAUUGUUGUUAUUGUGUUUGCCAUUGAUGGGUGGAGAUUGAGAUUUGAAAUUGAGAUUGAGAAUCUGGCUAGCCAUUUCAUUUUUGUUGGCAAAUUCUAGCCAAGAAAUCUGGCGAACCUUGGAGGAUUGAGGGCUCGGUUGUCAUUGAAGCAUUCCGUUUCUGAUCACAACGACGAGGAGGAGGAGUGCCGGCCUUGGCGUCGCAGGCUUUUUAUGGCUUUCACAUGGCGCUCCGCCCUCAAGAUUACCUUCUUACUUAUACUUGUUGCUGCUGCAGUGAUUGCUUGUUUCACCCUCCCAAUAGAGAAGAUUCUGAAGGACUUUUUACUAUGGGUUGAUCAAGAUCUUGGCGCUUGGGGUCCGCUUGUGCUGUCUCUUGCAUACAUUCCUUUGACAGUGCUGGCAGUUCCUGCUUCAAUACUUACGCUUGGUGGUGGUUAUCUAUUUGGGUUACCUGUGGGCUUUGUUGCUGAUUCCAUUGGUGCAACUGUUGGGGCCGGGGCAGCUUUCCUUCUUGGACGAACUAUUGGGAAGUCAUUUGUUGUUUCCAAGCUGAAGGAUUAUCCGCAAUUUCAUUCGGUUGCAAUUGCUAUUAAUCGGUCUGGAUUUAAGAUAGUAUUGCUGCUCCGGCUUGUCCCUUUACUUCCAUUUAACAUGUUGAAUUACCUAUUGUCCGUGACUCCUGUUUCACUAGGGGAAUACAUGUUGGCUUCAUGGUUGGGAAUGAUGCCCAUCACCCUUGCACUAGUGUAUGUUGGAACCACACUCAAAGAUCUUUCUGAUGUUACGCAUGGUUGGGGAGAAUUGUCGAAGACUCGUUUGGCAUUCAUUAUAUUGGGUCUUGUGGUAUCUGCGCUUCUGGCGUACUGCAUCACCAGAGUUGCUAAGGCUGCUUUGGAAAAAGCUUUGGCCGAGAAUGGAGAUGCUGUUGAUUAUUUGGGUCUCUCCCCGCGUCUACCCGUCGCAGCUGAAUCACCUGUUGAUCUUAACCUGCCCCUCAUAAUCAAGAUUGACUCUCCUCAAGAUGAUCGUAUAUGAAAAGAGUUCUUUUGACAUGUAAAUUCUUCAUUCUCCUCCUUCAAUAGGCCCGGCUUCUCUGAACGAUGGAAAAGUGUCAUUUUUUAUUUAUGUACAAUUCAUAUUCCAUAACGUAGGAUCUAGUUUCUUGAUAUAGAGUGGCCGAUUUCUAAAUUAAGCAUGUGCUAAAGAGUAGCUGCUUGGUUUUUUACUAUUACAAUAAAAGUGACAGUCCUACUGACUAAAAGCAUUCGUUUAGUGAGUUAUCUUUGUGAUCUAAA